AUGAUCGAGGAUACAGUUAAGAAGGUAAGGGAGAUUCAAGCUAAGAUUCAAGCGGCACAAGAUCGCCAAAAGAGCUACGCGGACUUGAAGCGUAGAGAAGAGGAAUUUGAGGUUGGUGACAAAGCAUUGUUAAAAGUGUCACCAAUGAAAGGUAUAUCCCUGAUAAGUCAACAUGUGCUACAACCUGAAACCAUUGAGUUAGAUCAAAGUUUAACUUAUGAGGAAAUACCUAUCAAGAUCCUUGACAGUAAAGUGUGUAGUACACGCAAUAAGGAAGUUAAGAUUGUUAAAGUGCUAUGGUCUAACCAAGAGUAUGAAAAAGCAACUUGGGAAGCUGAGGAUGAGAUGAAAAAGAAAUUUCCUGAGUUGUUUAAGGACGUUCAGUCACUUCAUGUGACAUUUUCCUACCCAAUUAGCUCCCAGUGUAGUUUACCUCAAUUUAUCUGGAGCAGGGAUUUGGUGGGAAACUCGUUUGAUGCGUAA